CAAGAAAACAUGUGGAAGUGACACCUCGACCGGCUCAACCUCAACCUAAAUUUUUGUUUAUAUAUAUAUAACACGACUCUGAGUUUACGUGCAAUCAGAUUUAUCAAAGGAUGAUUAGGUCGGCUUCCUCAUCAGUUUAAUUAGAUUCAGAAAGGCCUAAAGAUGACACAGUCGGCGUUGGCGACCUUCGCGUGCAUCGUCUUCAACAUCGCCUGCAGCAUCCUGAUCGUGUUGCUGAACAAAUGGGUCUACGUGAACGUCGGCUUUCCGAACAUCACCCUGACGCUGGUGCACUUCGUGGUCACGGGCAUCGGCCUCAAGGCGUGCAACCUGUGCGGCGUCUUCAAGGUCAAGAGCGCACCACUGCGAGAGAUGAUGCCCAUCGCGGUCACCUUCUGCGGCUUCGUCGUCUUCACCAACCUGAGUUUGCAGAGCAACACCAUCGGCACGUACCAAGUGGCCAAGGUGAUGACCACCCCGGUCAUCGUCGUCAUCCAGCACAUUUUCUACGGCAAGAGAUUCUCCACUCCCGUCACCCUCACAUUGAUUCCAAUUACGCUGGGGGUGAUUGUCGUAUUUUUCUACGACAUCCAGCUGAACUUGAUCGGAACCAUCUACGCAACCCUUGGUGUCCUUGUCACCUCACUUUAUCAAAUCUGGGUCAGUGAGAAGCAGCACACGCUUCAGAUGGACGCAAUGCAGCUCCUGUAUUACCAGGCGCCCUUGUCUGCCCUUAUCCUUGUUGUGGUGGUGCCUUUCUUCGAGCCAGUGGUGGACACCCUUAAUAAAACUUGGGCGCCGUCCGACCUGGGAGUGGUGCUCGGAUCAGCCUUCGUUGCCUUUUUUGUCAACCUGUCCAUCUACUGGCUCCUGGGCAACACGUCUCCCCUAACGUACAACAUGGUUGGCCACCUGAAAUUUUGCCUUACGCUCCUUGGAGGCUACCUGCUGUUCCGAGAGCCACUUACUUUCAACCAGUCGAUGGGCAUCCUCUUGACAAUUCUCGGAGUGUCAACUUACGCUCACUUUAAGAUCACAGAAGAAAAGCGCUCCAGAAGAGGGUUGAUCAGCUAGAGCACAAAAUAAUGCUCCUCUUCGGCAAGCUAGUCAUGGUCCCCUGUUGACUUUUCCUACGCACUUUUUUUGUAUUAGCACAGGAUUCUUGUUGUUACACAGCCUGGUCUCUUGUUUUUUAGGAAUUUUUUUUUGUGCGGCACAAAUUUUUUGAAGCUACACAAUACUAGAGAGCAUGGACAAUAAUGACAGUAUUUCCAGAAUAUAUAAAAUGUACUUUGCAUGCUUCUGUGCUUGCUCAUAAUUGAUAAGCAAAAAAUGUGAUCUGUAUAGGUACGGCAGCAGUGUUUGACUGGCACCCAUUUUUAUGUAUCGGUGAUCAUGUCCUUUAUUCUCAUUCUCUUGAUUUCUUAAGUGAUGUAGUUGAACAUUUGGAAUUUGUAUUAUUUCCUUUUUUGCUUCUUCUUUUUUUAUCAAAUUUAUUCUGAAAUAAGUUCUGUGUACGUAAUUUUUUUAAUUGAAGCAAUAAAUUUUAAAAGACAA